UUGAGAAACUGCCACACGAGAUGAACGGCCGACUACUUACUGACACGGUCGCGCGCCACAACUUGUUACAUGUAGCACGGGAAUGCGCAGGGCCCAACUGUACAUGGGCCCGAAAGAUUAAAAUAAAUAUUCUAGUCCGAACUGGACCGGAUACCGCCGAAAGAAGCCAGGCCAGCCCAACUUCCCUUCCUCUCCGGCACCGCUCGUCCACUCCCUCACUCACUCACUCACCGGAACCGCCACGGCAAUGCCGCCGCCGAUGGGAAUGCGGGCGCUGCUGCUGCUGCUGCUCCUGCCGCUCGCCUUCGCCGCCGCCGGCAAUGCCAGCGCCGGCCCUAGAGAAGCAAGCCCGAUCAAGAACGUGGUGGUGCUGGCGCUGGAGAACCGGUCGUUCGACCACAUGCUGGGCUGGAUGCGCCGCCUGCUCGGCCUCCCCAUCGACGGCCUCACCGGCGCCGAGUGCAACGUCGGCCCCACCAACUCCACCCUCCCGCCCGUCUGCGUCUCCGCCGACGCCACCCUCGUCGUCCCCGACGACCCCGGCCACUCCUUCGAGGACGUGCUGGACCAGGUCUUCGGGUUCCGCCCCAACUCCACCGCCGCCGACCAGCCGGCUCCCCCGACCAUGUCGGGCUUCGUGCGCUCCGCGCUCUCCGUCAACUCCCUGCUCUCCUCCGCCGUCAUGCGGGGCUUCACCCCGUCCCUCCUCCCGGCCUUCUCCGCGCUCGCCGCCGACUUCGCCGUCUUCGACCGCUGGUUCUCCUCCCUGCCGGGCCCCACGCAGCCCAACCGCCUCUUCCUCUACUCCGCCACCUCCCACGGCGCCGUCGCCCACGACAAGUGGAACCUCCUCCGCGGCUACCCGCAGCGCACCAUCUUCGACUCCCUCGCCGCCGACGGCCGCCGCUUCAACGUCUACUUCAAGACCAUCCCCACCACCCUCUUCUACCGCAACCUCCGCACCGUGCGCGCCGCCGCACAGAGCUUCCACUUCUACGACUCCGCAUUCAGGGACCACGCCCGGAGGGGGCGGCUGCCGGCGCUGUCCGUCAUCGAGCCCAGGUACUUCGACCUCACCGGCACCCCCGCCGACGACGACCACCCGGCCCACGACGUCGCCAACGGCCAGAGGCUCGUCAAGGACGUCUACGAGACGCUGCGGGCCAGCCCGCAGUGGAACGACACCCUGCUCAUCGUCACCUACGACGAGCACGGCGGCUUCUACGACCACGUCGCCACGCCCGUCGCCGGCGUGCCCAGCCCCGACGGCCUCAGGGGGCCAGUGCCAUUCUUCUUCAAGUUCGACCGGCUCGGGGUCAGGGUGCCGACAAUGAUGGUGUCGCCGUGGAUCAAGAAGGGGAUGGUGGUGGGGCGGCCGCCGAACGGACCGACGGCCACAUCCGAGUACGAGCACUCCUCCAUCCCGGCGACCAUCAAGAAGAUCUUCAACCUCAGAUCUGAUUUCCUCACCAAAAGAGACGAAUGGGCGGGCACAUUUGAGCACAUCUUCACCCAACUCGACCAACCAAGGACAGAUUGCCCAGAGACUUUGCCAGAAGUGCCAUUUGAGAGAACAACACCAGCGAAAGAACAUGGAAUUCUCUCAGAUUUCCAGCGUGAGCUCGUUGAAUUAGCAAGCUUCUUGAACGGCGACUACAUGUUGACGAGUUUUGCUCAGGAGACGCAGAAAAAGAUGACCGUGAAGCAGGCCGACACGUAUGUGAGACGAGCCAUCAAAGGUUUUCUGCACGCAAGCAGGCAGGCCAGACGGUUAGGUGCAAAUGAGUCUGCAAUUGUAACCAUGAGAUCAUCUCUGACAAGUAAGAGUACCACCUCAAGACCUUAACUAGAUAAUACUCCCUCCGUCCCAAAAAUUUUGUCUUAGGUUUGUCUAGAAAUGGAUGUAUCUAAAUACUAAGAUGUGACUAGAUACAUUCAUAUAUAAAUAAUUCUUAGACAAGAAUUUUGGGACGGAGGGAGUACUUAGCAAGGCUAGCAUCUACGAUAUUGUGAAAUAUUAGUGUAUAUGAAAUGCCAUGUAACAUGAUCAUAACUGAAUAGGGGGCUCCAAGAGCAUCCGUAAUAUAGCCCUGUUUGCCAAUGUAACACUCAUUUUUACCUCGAAAUAUAGAGUGUGGAUCUGUGGAUCAUUUCCUUGAAUUUUGUUACAGAGGAACAUAUUAUUAUAUAUAACGAAGAGUUGUGGAGGAUAA